AUGGCGCACGCCUUGGACGGUGGCGAAGCCAAAAACACCGGCAGUGGCCCCUCGGCGCCACCAAGCGCGGCGGAGGAGGCGAAACAGUCCGGCACCGCGGCCUUCAAGGCUGGCAGGUUCGACGAUGCCGUGGCCCACUUCACUACCGCCAUCGAGGCCGACCCGCAGAGCCACGCGUCGCUCCUGGACGCGAACCAGUGCAUCAAGCUCGCUCCCACCUGGGCCAAGGGCCACUCGCGCCGCGGCGCGGCCUACGCUACAACCACGGGGAGGCACGUAGUGACGCAAGGGAGUCUCUUCGAGGAUGACUUGCAGCACGGAGCCAUCGUCGCGUACGAGGAAGGGCUGACUCACGAGCCCGACUCGGCGGCGCCGCCGCCGCGGAGGCAGAUGCCGCAGCAGCGCGCAACGCGUGGCACCCACACGACGCUCGCCUUCGCCGCCAUCUCCGACCUGAUGGUCGGGCUGACCGCGCCCUUCCUCGCCGUGUCGCACGGGCUGCGCAUCGUGCCGCCCCUCCUCCUCCACCUCAAGUACGUCGCCAAGAGCCACACCACCUCGUGGUACAUGCAGACCGCCGUCGACACCGUCCGGCUCAAGCUCGACUCGCUCUUCCACCACCGCCGCUGCCCCGCCCCCGUCUCGGCGGCGUACGUGCGCUGCGCGGGGCUGGCCGCGUCGGCCGCCCGCCUCCUCGCCGCCUGA